AAAACGUCCGUGUACUUGCUUUUAGUAAGUCAAUAUUUGGUUACCAGUCUUCGAUAUUUGUAAUAGAGAUAACUCUAACCCCGUUCGUCGGGUAGGACAUUCAAAUGCAUCGCUUUUUCCACAAACUGAAGCUCAAAUCUCACCACAUCAACUAUCUGUAAGGCAGCCUGAGCACCAAAUCAAACUGGUAACAACCAUGGGCAGCUAAUGAAGACUAGUGAUCUACUGUGUAGGACAAAAGGUUAGUAAUACUCCGGAGAGUCCCUCCUCUCUUCCCACUCAGACAGUCCAGUAAAGUUUCCAACAUCAUGGCUGAGGAAGACUAUGGCAGCUUUGUGGACUGGAACCAGAUGGGGGAUCUGGCCAAGAGCAGCGGGCCCACCAAGGUAGACUGUAAAGACCUGAAAGAGUUCAAACAGAUGGCUCGGCAGGGUUACUGGGCCAAAAACCACAAACUGAGGGCCCAGGUCUACCAGCAGCUGAUCAAAGCCAUCCCCUGCCGUACAGUCACCCCAGAUGCAGAAGUGUACCGUGACAUUAUGGGAAAUGCAGCCACCAAGAAGCCCUCCUCCCACGUCCCACUUCCAGAUUUUGUGGAUGACAAUGAGGUGCCACGGUACUGUCUGAAGGCGGAGGGGUUAGCUUCAGCGCAUCAGAUCAUAAACUGCGUGGCUGGACAGUUUCCAGAUAUCUCCCACUGUCCAUCACUGCCUGCUAUCACAUCGUUACUCCUGCACUUCAGCGUGGACGAAGCUCAGUGUUUUGAGCAUAUCAGCCGCAUUCUGGCCUGCAACGAGCCGGGCAAGCGCCUGCUGGACCAGACUUUCCUGGCAUAUGAGUCGAGCUGCAUGACUUUUGGGGAUCUUGCUAACAAGUACUGCGCGCCCGCACACAAACUGAUCAUUGCCACCGCCCAGGAUGUGCUGGAGGUGUACUCUGACUGGCAGCGCUGGGUGCUGGGCGACCUGCCUUUCAGCCACAUAGUCCGGAUCCUAGAUGUCUACCUCGUGGAGGGCUACAAGGUUCUGUUCCGCGUGGCAAUUGCCCUGCUUAAGUUCUACCGCAAGCAUAAAGCAGGAGUCCAGGGGGGUAACCAGCAGCAGGAUUCGGGCAAAGUAAGGGCGGAUAUUCAGGCUUUUGUCAAGGGCAUUGCCUCUACCGUCACUCCUGAGAAGCUGCUGGAAAAAGCCUUCUCCAUCCGCCUGUUCAGUCGUAAGGAGAUCACGCUGCUGCAGCUCACUAAUGAAAAGUCCCUGCAGCAGAAAGGAAUCACAGUCAAACAGAAGCGGAGGAACGUCCAGCUGGCACUUAACCCUGACACCUUUUCCUCGGAGAUCGUCAGCGCCAAAGAGAUGCGAGACAUCUGGUCGUGGAUCCCUGAGCGCUUCGCCCUGUGCCAACCACAACUUCUCUUCACAACGUCCAAUCAUGGCUGCAGCUUGACCAGAUUCUACUCGCACUGUGACGGCUACGAGCCCACGCUGCUCCUCAUCCGGACCACAGACGGAGACGUGUGUGGAGCCUUCCUGUCCACAGACUGGGAGGAGCGAAAGAGAGGAGGCAACAAAUUGAGCUUCUUUGGGACGGGGGAGUGCUUUGUCUUCAGGCUGAAGCCAGAGAUGGAGCGCUAUGAGUGGGUGGUGAUCCGCCACCCUGAGUUGGCCUCCUCCAUCAAACCUCAGGACCAGGAAGAUGGAGCCGCCCCUGAAGCCCCAAACACAGAAAACAACGGCUUAGCGCAGCCAGAGAAACCUGUUGGAGAGCUGUCCCCUUUCCUCUCUGCCCGCCACUUCAACCUCAACUCCAAGAAUACAUCGAUGUUCAUGGCUGGGAACUUUGACUCCAUCAUAGUGGGUGGUGGUGAAGGCAACGCUCUCUACAUCGACUCUGAGCUCAACCACGGGCGCACCGGCCGAUGCACCACCUUCGACAACCCACCCCUCUGCGCUGAGAGCUUCCAGGUUUCACUGCUGGAAACGUGGGGCUUUGAGGAUACCAUGUCCAAAUAAUGCUGUCCACAUGAACACGCACACAUGUGAAUCCAUGCAUACACAGUUCACACUUGUACAUAGAAAAAAACAGAAUCUUCAUAUAUAAUGUCCAGCAGUGUCAAGUGAACACCGAUAUGCAAACAAAACUACGUCCGUCCUUAAAAGAAAUUAAGAUAGGUAACUUUUUUUAUUUAUUAAAACAUUUCAACAUGUGAAUAGAAAUGUGAUUUCAUUUUCCCUGUUUAUUUUUGUAUUUACAGAUUUGUCAUUAUGGUUUACUAAUUAUGUGAAGGUGUUCGGUGAUAUGAAAGAUAUGUUCAGGUAUACAGAAAAAGCCUAUUGAAGCAGUUUGUAAGUGGGCUGUGAUGUCUUCAUGCUCAUGCUGGACUGAAAAAGGUUUAAAUGCCUGAAUGUAAACGUGGUCUUUAAUGUUCUCUGUUUCAGCUUCAUCUGCCAAAUGAACUGUACAGGUAGCUCUGCAGUCUGUUGAAACAUGUCGCUAAGCUAACCGUGUUGAUAAAGUAGGGUUAAAGGUUAAAAAAUGUGAAGUCAACGUUGAUUAUUGUGGUGAGAUGCUUUUUAAUGUAUGAAAAGAAGAAGUGGUGAAGUUGGUCCAGCUAUGAUUUACUUUUGUCUCAGUUUAAAAAAAAAAAAAAAAAAAUCCCUGGCUUGAGAUCUCUCAUGUAUCAAUCGUGGUAAAUAUUUGUGAAUAUCAGUGGUGAAUUUGAGUGUUGCCAUUUCUGCACUUUAUAUGGAAGCUUUCUUUUUGACCCAGUGACAGUCUCUCUGUAUGGUGAAUGGAUUCAUGUGACUAACAGGACAAACUUUUUAAAGAAAGUGAAAACUCAAGGUGUUUUGGUUUACAAAUAAUGAAUAUAAAUGCAGUUCUUUCCUCCUCCUCUUCUUACCAUUUUCCUGUUACUUCCGUCCUUUGCAGUGUGAAGAUAGCAACAAAAAAGUCCAAAUGUAUGCCCUGACUGCAAACUGUGUUGUUGGGGUUUGUUUCUGUAUGUUCAGGAGUGCUCCAGUGAAAUAUCAGUUAAGAAACUACAAAUGUAUUCUACAUGUGAAAAUACACAAGUAUACUUU